UAAGUCGUGCUAUGUUGAUAUGCGACGAUGAUGAGCCUUCACCCGUCUCCAGUGACGAAGUAUUUUUCAUAUGCGAGGAGCAGACUAAUGUCAAAUGUGAUGAUAAAAAAAUAAUAAAAGACUCAAAUGAUAAAAUGAAAAUUGAAUUCUAUCCACGAAUCCAGUCUGGCAUUACUAAAAAAACAAAUAAAUCAUUGAAAACAGACAGUAUUGAUGAGAUUAAAAAUACCCAGAAAAAAAUUGGUAAUAUUUUGGGUAGAAAGAAGAAUAAAAAAUUAUUCUGCGAUGCAUCAUCGUGCACUGCUGACGAUAAUAAUCAGAUAUUUGAAAAAAUCAUAACAACUGGUGAUAACGAUGAUGGACAUGAGACUGCUCACACUAUACUCGUUAAAAUACAGGUUGAAAAUUGCUCUCAGUGCCCAGAUAAAUCGAUAUCAGUAUACUCACACGAUAUGAAUAAGAAAAAAAUCAACUGCAUUGAGCAGUGUAAGAUUAAAAAUAGCAAAACCGUUGCUGUACAGGUGAAUUUCAAUUCAAUUGAAUCGGCUGUUGAAUCGCAGUGCGUUAAAAUAAGUAAAAUACGUAGAUGCAGUAGGGCAUCGAGAUUCUCACAGACAUCGAUAACAUCAAAUAAGGGAAAGAGAACGAAUGAGCAGGAUGUUGAGAAAUCACCAGUGGCAUCAGCAUCCAGCCAACCAGAGAAUCCAACGAAAAUAUAUCUGUGGAGGGGGAAGAACUUUAAGAGCCAAUCGAUGACGCAUAAGACGAAUGAGAAGAACAGCGAGGGCACUGUUGUUUGUGAUAAUGAGGACAAGAGCAAGAAGAUACAGGAGAAGAGCUUUUCCGUGGACAGGGGAUCGUUCAAGAAGAAGAAGAGUCAGGCUAUAAGUCCCAAUAAGAAGUCCAAUCGUUCGUCUUUGACUAUUGGCUCUGAUAAUAUCUCCAUUAAUCUGUCGAAAUAUUCACCGUGUGCUAGCAGGCUUGCAGCUAGCUCCAAAAUUCUGGGGAAUAAUGUCAAUUCUUCGUCAACAUUGAGCCCAGAGAGUCCAUUGCAUGCUGUCAGACCCAAGAGUCCAGGACGUCUCCCUGAACCUGGGCUGGAGAAGACUGAGGCUGAGAAGAUGACUCUGCAAGCCAGUUUAUCACUCAAUAUUGAUCAGUUCAAGAAGACACAUCAUACUCCUCGUAGCAGAAGCGUUGGGGAUAGUUGUGUCACUUCACCCACUAGUGAAGCCACGACGACCAUGAGUUACUCACCAACUGGAACUGAAAUUCUAUCUCUCGAUGAUGUUGGACAGCAACACAAUUCAACGAGUAAUGAUUUGUCGCUGUCAGCACCGGAUUUGAAAGUUCUUAAUGGCAUUGGGGGACUGACGACACCUUCCAAGGUUAAUCUUGAGACGAAGUGUUAAUUAUUGGGUUUUUUGGGAUCUACGGGGAGUGUGAUUCUGAAUGAUAGGAAUUCAAUUCUGUUUUAAUGGUUUUGAAGAAAGUGCUGGGGAGGAGUUGAAAAUUUUCGGGUAAAGUUUGGUGUUUCUUUUGAUGAAAAACUUGAGGAGAUUGCAGAGAGAAAUUUUCUUUGGUGGAAACCUUUUUGUUUGUUUUGCUUUGGGAAGAUCAAGAGGUAAAUCGGGGUCAAGAUUUUAUUGAAGGGCUUCGGAAGAAAUCUCUCACCUGUUCAGAUUCUUUUCUUUUACAAUCAGUUUUUGAAGAAUAUUUUGGAGUUUAUUAAAAAGAACUGGGAAAUUUCGUCGAGA